AUGCAGACAAACCUGCGUCAAAACACCUACGUGGUCCUCAUCCUCUCCAUGCUCACUGUCGUUACUUGCCAGGAGGAAUUCAAUCCCAGCCCACAAUCCGGUAUCGGCACAGGAAUCGAUGAUGAAUCUUUGAGCAAGAGGGAUGUAAUUACGCUUGAUAUGCCCUGGAAUCCUCCAAAACCAUCAAGCGUAAUAAAAGCCGUCAACCCGCCAGCCGGCAGCGUCCUGGAUGCGGUCGAAAAAGUCGCUGCGGCAUUACUGAAUGGCGGAUCGGAUAUUGCUGGUAUGGCACAAAGCGCCGCCUCGGGCUUAACCUAUACAGUAGUGCCUUUGGCUUCUGGAGCGGCCACCAUCUUGCCUUCAGGAGUUACAGAUUCCGUGUCUUCGGUUCCGCUAACGUUACAGGAGGUCAGCGGUGGGCUGGAUCAGGCGACUGGUGUGGCGGGCAGUGUCGUCAGUGCUGCGACGGGCAUUGUGGGGAGUCUGAUGGGAACGGGAAGCUCUAGACCGAAUAUGGGUGCGGGAGUUCCGUCGUCGCAAGGCAAUGGGACGGGUGCAUUUACAUCGGCGCCAGUUGGCGGAAGUUGGAACGCAACGAAUGCCUCGAGCGCAACAUCAGCACCCUCUUUGUCCUUCAACGUCACAUCUGCCCCCAGUCUAUCGAAUGCUUCGAGCGCAAGAAUAACACCUUCUUUGCCGUUCAAUGUCACAUCUUCUCCCAGCUUUUCGAAUGCCUCGAGCGCAAGAACAACACCUUCUUUGCCAUUCAACAUCACAUCGGCCCCCAGCCUGUCGAAUGCAGCUUCUUCGACAGCAGCGACAUCCUCAUGUUCGUCUGCUUCCAGCUGUGCUGUGUGUCCGCCUCCAACCACUGAGACUUGCACUGUGACCGAGACGUGGCAUAGUACGCAUUAUGAAGAGACCGCGACACUGUUUAGUUUUGUGGCUGCUGUUACUGUUACUAGUACCGAGACUGUCAGCGUAUGUCCAGUAACACAGCUCUACCCGGUAGCACCGACCUCAUCUCUUUCCUCCCCGCAACCAGCCCUCGUAGCAUGCGCAAACGGUGUCUUGGCCCAACGAGCAGAAGACUGUCCUCCGACAUCCAGUAUAGCCAACGCCACGAUCCCGGAUUCUUCGAUGGUGGGCUUAUAUGGCGGAUCUGCUGAUUCUGCUGAUUCUGCUUCCUCCAGUCACCCCUGCCCAAAUGCAGGAUACUCAUGCUCUGAGUGUCCAGAUGGCGUAUUCUGUCCUCCCUCUCACACAUCGGCUCAGAGUGCUCCUUGUGGAUUUGGCUGGGCAUGUGGACAUUGUUCACAAGGUUGGUUCUGUGUCCCGAGUCCGACUGCUGGGCCCCCGAGUGAUGUUUUGAAAUCUGCUGCUCCUGUUCUUGGUGGCUCCUCUGGACCCGGCUUCACAUCAGGCACGUCAGCUGUCCCAUUGACCAUGGCGAGUUUUACGGCCAGCCGCCCAAGCCUAAUUCCUGCCGUCUCUUUACUACCAGAAGUAGGAGCGAGCACCGAGUCGCUCCAGGCUUUUCGAACCUCGUCUGUCGGACCAUUGACUCAAGCCACUGCCGCAGCGGACCUCGCAAACAGCAUCCUGAACAACGUAAUGGGCGAGGUUAACUCUGCUCUUGGAAAUUUCAAUGGUCUUUCUGAAGCUAUCCUCAGUAGCGUCAUGGGACGGGUCUCCUCUGCAUUCGGAGCUGCAAAUUCUGCUCUGGGGGUCGCGACAAGUUCCGCGGCCGGUGGUGGCUUGCUUUCCUCUGCGACGAGUCUUGCUGGAGGCUUGCUAUCGAAUGGUGCAGCAGCUGGAAGCACUGCUGCUCUUGGCCUCGUCCCAUCAGCUACCUCUCGGAUUGGAGACAUCGCGAGUAAUGCACUCCCAACCGAGGCUACAGUCCUGAGUAAUCUUGUCACCACUACCAUUCCUCAAGUUUCCCCAAUAGUCGGCGCUGGUGAUAAUCUCCUCUCUUCGGCUAUUGUUCUUGCUAGUGGCGUUCUCUCGAAUGGUGCAGCAGCCGGUGGGGGGCUGAUACUUUCUGCUAUAACUCUCGUUGGCAACGCUGGCAGCGAUAUCAUCCCUGCCGCCACCGGGGCCAUCGGCAACGUCGCAAGUAACGCCAUACCCAACAGCUUCCCAGCUCUGACGGCUGCAGCGCUCGCUGGUAGCGUCCAAGGCGCUACUCAGCCCGCAAUUCUUGCAAGUGUAGCUGGAAAUACGCAGUUAGUAAGUCUUCCGGUACCGGCGCAGGUCGUACCCACCACUACAGCGCCUGUGUUUCCUCUUCCCGCGCUGGGCGGAGUGUUUAGAGAAGUUUCAAGCGGGAAGGCGGUCACGGCUGGGGCUGUGGGUAGUGUGAAGAGAGAUGAGCCGAAUGUUAUUAGUCGUUUGACGACGGUUCUUGAUGGGACCAAGACGGUGUUACCGGUUGUCAUAACUUUCAUCGAUGGGAAGCCGACGGUGGUGCCGCUCGUGCGGGCUGGGAGUGAAGCGAGCGAGCCGCUGUUAGGGGUUGAGAUGGGGGGUAUUGGGGAGAGGGUCAAGGUUGGGGCUGUUGCGGACAUCUUUCAGGGGAGUAGUGGCGGUGGAGGAGGGAAGAGGAGACGCAGAGGAAGAGAUGUGGAAGGGGAGAAGGAGGUGGAGGUGGAGGUGGAAUGA